GAGGAAGGAGGCAGUUCCUAGAGGUUUAGUCAGCCAGGUCCAAUCUGAGAUGCAGGUUCCCGCCUGGGGUCGGGCGUGGUUGUUGUUGGCUGCCCUGCGGGCUCCGCCUCCGGUCCGGGCGAGCUCCAUAAAAGCUGGACGAGCAGGUUCGCUCUCACCCGGCGCUGCUUUGGGCUCAGGGCGCGAUCCGAGUUCCCCCAGCUCUGCCAGCAUCGCGGGUACCAUGGCGCAGGAGCUGCAGCACCCGGAGUUCGCGCGCGCGGGCCAGCAGGCGGGCCUGCAGGUGUGGAGGGUCGAGAAGCUGGAACUGGUGCCGGUGCCCCAGGGUGCCUAUGGUGACUUCUACGUCGGAGACGCCUACCUGGUGCUGCACACGGCCAAAGGGAGCAGGGGCUUCUCCUACCGCCUGCACUUCUGGCUGGGAAAGGAAUGCUCCCAGGAUGAAAGCACAGCAGCGGCCAUCUUCACUGUCCAGAUGGACGACUAUCUGGGUGGCAAGCCAGUCCAGAGCAGAGAACUUCAAGGCUACGAGUCUACUGAUUUUGUGGGCUAUUUCAAAGGUGGUCUGAAAUACAAGGCUGGAGGUGUGGCUUCUGGACUAAACCAUGUUCUCACCAAUGACCUGACAGCCGAGAGACUCCUGCAUGUGAAGGGUCGGAGAGUGGUCAGGGCCACGGAAGUCCCUCUCAGCUGGAAGAGCUUCAACAAAGGUGACUGCUUCAUCAUUGACCUUGGCACUGAAAUUUACCAGUGGUGUGGUUCCUCAUGCAACAAAUACGAGCGUCUGAAAGCAAGCCAGGUUGCCAUCGGCAUUCGGGACAAUGAAAGGAAGGGGCGAUCUCAGCUCAUUGUGGUGGAAGAAGGAAGUGAGCCAUCAGAGCUCAUGAAGGUUUUAGGGCAAAAGCCUGCACUCCCAGAUGGGGAUAACGAUGAUGAUGCCCUGGCAGACAUAAGCAACAGGAAGAUGGCGAAGCUGUACAUGGUUUCAGAUGCAAGUGGAUCCAUGAAAGUGACUUUGGUGGCUGAAGAAAACCCCUUCUCCAUGGCAACGUUGCUUUCUGAAGAAUGCUUCAUCUUGGACCACGGUGCUGCAAAACAAAUUUUCGUAUGGAAAGGUAAAAAUGCUAACCCACAGGAGAGGAAGACUGCAAUGAAGACAGCGGAGGAGUUUCUACAGAAAAUGAAUUAUUCUACCAAUACUCAAAUUCAGGUUCUCCCUGAAGGUGGUGAAACACCGAUUUUCAAACAGUUCUUUAAGGACUGGAAGGAUAAAGACCAGAGCGAUGGCUUUGGGAAGGUCUACAUCACAGAGAAAGUGGCUCGCAUACAGCAGGUCCCAUUUGAUGCAUCCAAACUGCACACUUCUCCCCAGAUGGCAGCCCAGCACAACAUGGUGGAUGAUGGCUCUGGCACAGUGGAGAUCUGGCGUGUGGAGAACAGUGGCAGGGUCCAGAUCGACCCAAACUCCCAUGGCGAGUUCUAUGGUGGUGACUGCUACAUUAUCCUCUACACUUACCCCAGGGGGCAGAUCAUCUACACGUGGCAAGGAGCAAAAGCGACAAGAGAUGAGCUGACCAUGUCUGCGUUCCUGACUGUUCAGUUGGAUCGGUCCCUUGGAGGGCAGGCUGUGCAGGUCCGUGUCUCUCAAGGCAAAGAGCCCGCUCACCUCCUGAGUUUGUUCAAAGACAAACCACUCAUUAUCUAUAAGAACGGAACAUCCCGGAAAGGGGGACAGACACCCGCUCCCCCUACUCGCCUCUUUCAAGUCCGGAGGAACCUGGCAUCUAUUACCAGAAUUGUGGAGGUUGAUGUUGAUGCAAAUUCAUUGAAUUCUAAUGACGCCUUUGUUCUAAAACUGCCACAAAACAAUGGCUUCAUCUGGAUAGGAAAAGGUGCUACUCAGGAGGAGGAGAAAGGAGCAGAGUAUGUGGCUGAUAUUCUGAAGUGCAAAACAGCAAGGAUUCAGGAAGGCCAAGAACCAGAGGAGUUCUGGAACUCUCUUGGAGGGAGAGGAGACUACCAGACCUCACCAUUGCUAGAAACACGGGCUGAAGACCACCCACCUCGACUUUAUGGCUGCUCCAACAAAACCGGAAGAUUCAUUAUUGAAGAAGUUCCUGGAGAGUUCACCCAGGAUGACUUAGCAGAAGAUGAUGUCAUGCUACUCGAUGCAUGGGAACAGAUCUUUAUUUGGAUUGGCAAAGAUGCCAAUGAAGUAGAGAAGAAGGAAUCAGUGAAGUCUGCCAAAACGUAUCUUGAGACAGAUCCUUCUGGAAGAGAUAAGAGGACACCGAUUGUCAUCAUAAAACAAGGCCAUGAGCCACCCACAUUCACGGGCUGGUUCUUGGGCUGGGACUCCAGCAGGUGGUAAACUGAGCUCCAGAAAACCAGCUAACACUCUAGUUGCAUUGCGGCAGCUGCCCCACUUUGUUCCUGGGGAUUCAUUUACUUUUCCUCGUCUGGCUUCAGAAUAUAAACCUCUGCCAAACGGCUACUUUUUAAAUGACUAGUAUGGGCUCCUCCUCUGCCACCGCCUCCUCCUCCACCUCCUCCUCCUCCUUCUCCUUGUUCUUCUUCCUUCUUCUUUUUCCUCCUCUUCCUUUUCCUCUUUUCUUUCAUUUUUUUUUUAAAGGAAUUGUUGUAUGUUACUAUAUUGAAAUAGCUUAAAGUAAACAUUUGUUUUGGAUCAACUUUGCUUUUUAUACGACAUGAAAGUAAAAGACUAUAAAAUCUAGGGGAAUUUCUGAGGAAGGAAUUUUAUAAUUCAAUGACCACUAUUCCAACUUGUCUUAAUACACCGAGAGGAACGUCACAGUGCUCCUGAGUGUUCACCCUCCUGGGUAUUCUGUUUGCAGUAGGUUUAGUCACUAGUUGGAUGCCAUUCACUUCCAAGUGUCCUUUUCCAAGACAAACUUCUUCAGCCUUUUUAGGAAACUGAAAUCAUAAGCCCUUCAUGAUAAAGCCAAUGAUAUUCCUAUCAGUUUAACUUUAUAUAUUUGAUAGGAUGUGCUUAAUGUCAUAAAAAUAUGUACUGAAUGCUGUUUUUCAUCAUUAAAAUACAUCUUUUUGGAAAAUGUUUCAUGUUGUGACAUUUUAGUCAAAUUUGAUGAGUUAAUGAUUAUUAAUUUUAUAGCUUAAUAUACUUUUAUGUAUAAGUAGUUAUGAAUUUAAUAUUCCUUAAAUUUUUAUUUAGUAGUCAAAUUACUUUUCUAUGGUUAGAUUAUUAUAACACAUUUUACAUAUCACAGACUAUAUAAAAAUCACAGGCUCCAGAGGUUAGGAGUUGGGGAAAAAUCUAGAAUUCCAAUAACAGACAGCAGACAGUCCUUGGCAGAGAAGUGCUGGGUGUAGCCCUAUAGUUUAAGAAGGCCCGGCUGGGCAGAUGAUAUUUUAUCCGUAGAGGCUAGAGGGACAAUCAAAACCAAGUGGUUAGGCCUAGGCUGAAUGCCAGUACAAGGCUCUUGAAGAGGAAGCAUACUGACCGAGAAACCUUCUCAAACAACAACAAACCAUGGGUGGCUUGGGGAUGAAAAUAGUCAGAGAUGGCAAAUCAAGGCUGAGUCCAGAAUGUUCCAUCAACUAGAGGAGAUCUCAGUGAGGCAGCAGGAAGAACAAGGGUGCCCUAGAGAAUGCAUUCUGGAGACUAUUGACCUUCUUUACUCAUAAAUGUGGAUUUUAUAGAAAAACCCGUAUUUUGGGUGUUUUGAUAAUUUGCCCAGCAAAACAGCUAAAUAUCCCUGUGGAUGCUAAAGGGGUUACCACCAAAUUGUGGGCAACAGAGCAGUAGCUUUCACACAGAGCCAAGUUUGUUUCCCAGGGCACAACUGUGAGGACCUAGUGCCAUUUUGUUUUUCACAACUUUGAACAUCUAAUGCUGCUGGCAUAUAACAAGUAGAACCUGAGGAUGCUCUAAACACCCAUUGAUGUGCAGGAUCACUGUCACCCACCCACAACAAAGAAUUAUCUGGCCCCAAAUGUCAACAGUGCCAAAGCUGGGAAUCUGUAAAUGAGACCAUGGUUCUCAGUGUGUGGGUCAUGACCCCCUUAGGGGUUGCAUAUCAGAUAUUACAUUAUGAUUCAUAACAGUAGCAAAAUUACAGUUAUAAAGUAGCAACAAAAGUAACUCUAUGAUUGGGGGUCACCACAACAUGAGGAACUGUAUUAAAAGGUUACAGCAUUAGGAAGAUUGAGAACCACUGCUGUAGACUUUAAAAGAGAAACACAGCAUUCUGUUACUAUAGUAGACUUUUAAAGAAAACAAGCUAAAAUAAAGUGCUAGCAGUCUUCAUGCAUAAAAAUAUAGUGUUUCACAAAAAGAACCAAAUAGAAACAGAGUUGGCUACAUCUAUCAUAUUCCAUCCUCAUGAAAGACAUUCUACCCAAGACCCAAUAUGUUUAACAGAUGCAAUACAUGUGGAUUGAGGUAUAUACAUUAGGUUACCUUUUAAAUACUUUCAAACACUAUAAAUUGGAUGUUUCUACAUGUGAGAUAUUAUUUAUUAAAUAUUUAUUUAAAUUUCUAAUUGGAUCUCUUAAUUUUUUCAUUAAAAUGUUUAUUCUUUGAACAUUUCAUAGAUUUAAGCAAUGCGUAUUGAUCAUAUCCAUCUACUACCUCCUUCCAAUUUCCCCCAACUUCAUCUUUGUUAUUAAUAGCUCAUUUUUGUUAUUAUUAAAAACUCCAUAAGCCCAAUUAUUGCUGCUCAUAUUAAAUCUCUUUUCUAAUGCUACUAUAAAAACUACCAUAAUCUCAGUGACCUAAAACAAUACACAUAGAUUGUCAUAUAGUUCUAAAAUAGGUGGAUAGAGAUGCAUUCUGGAGUUCUAGGGAAGAAUCAAUCCAUUUCCUUUGUUUUCCUGAUUCUAGUGGCUAUCUACAUUCAUUGGUUUGUGGAUACUUUCUCUACCUUAGCAACUACUAAAAUUAUAUUUUCAAAAAUCUGUGCCCUCAUCUAGCCUCUGUCUCUGUUGGUUAUAUCUUUAUUACUGUUAUUAAAAUAUAAUUACAUAAUUUCCAUAAAUUGUUUUCUUUAUCCAGCUCGUCCGGUGCCCUCUCUCAUUUCCAGUCUCCUU